ACAAACUUGGCUUGUGUUUCCUGCAUCAUCAUCUUCUCCUUCCAAUCCACUAAUUCACUCAUUUCCUUCAAAAAUCAUUCAUGGCUUGGACCACCAAGCAUCGCCUUGCCCCUAAAUCCUCAAAACUAUCCGCCUCUCGUGAGUCUAGGCUCCGCCGCACAAAGCGCAAGCUCUCCUAUAUCUUUUGUGGCGCUUUCCGUUACAAGUCAACCCUUCAGGAGCUGGGAGAUGGCCCAAUCAUAACUUCAGUUAGCUACGCUAAAAGCUUAGCACCAGUUGAUGCUCAAAACUCAACCGUAGAAUCCUCUUCUGUUUUCACGUCAGAAGCUUGGGAUACAGUAUCCGUAUGUGAAAAUGGGGACUCAUCUGAAAGUACCAGUAUCACUGAGGAAGCUUUUCCUGAAUCUGGUCCAUCCAAUGUUCAGUCAAGCAGAGAUAUCCAAACUCUUCCACAACAGCCUGCUCAAGAAUUGGUUUCUGGUAAUACAACCAAUUACAUUGCCGAAGUUAUUGAUUCCACCGAUACAUUAACUGAAGACCCGGAUUCAGUUUAUCCAGGUGAUGAUCAGUCACAGGGUCUCAGUGUUCAACAUGCGUAUUCAAAUGAUAUUGUGGAAUAUAGUCAUGAUGCUGCUGUGGGCUACAAUAGUUCUGAUCCAAGCUCUCUUGCUAUUAUUUCUGAUCUGCCACGAUCUGAAUAUCCCGGAAAUGACCAUGCCCACGUGUCAACAACUUCUAGUUCAGUGUUUCUUGUGUCUGACAGAGACCAGAAUUUAAUAAAUGGAGAUCUGCUUCGCCUUGAUUUGGUUAGUAUCUCUUCCAACUCCUUAUCCAGUAGCAUUGCUGAAAUAAGUAGCCAUGAAACUAGACGAAACAGUAUGAGGCUAUUUUGGGAUGCUUUAGCAAGACGCAGCUUAAGAAGGAACAUUGAUUCGCCGACAAUUGUUUUUGCAACUGGUCUGGCUGAUGACUUAGGCUCACAUGACAGAUGGCUUCUUGAUUUCAGUGGUGAUCUCCAUUACUAUGGAUCCAGUCGUGAUCUUGAUUCAUUCAGUUUAGGACAUCACCGCAGACAUGAAAGGAGAUGGCUUUUGAGAUCUGAGGCCUCAGAAACAAUAAGUGAUACUGAUGAGGAAGACCAACAAACUGCAUUAUGUGCAUCUGGACUUCACCUGGAUGGUACAUGUUCAUGUGACUCGUUCUUUACAGCUGAAGAGUCGAGUAGUCUUGCAAGUAUUUCACGAAUAAUCCUGCUUGCUGAGGCAUUAUUUGAGGUUUUGGAUGAAAUUCAUCAUCAGUCUCUGUCACUUUCGCUAUCUACUCUCUCACUUCCUGCUCCAGAAUCUGUUGUGGAUGGAUUUCCUCUCAAGUAUUACAGAAAAUAUAUAAAUGGGGAAAGUGAUUCGACUGAUGUUCAACAGUGCUAUAUUUGCUUAGCCGACUACGAGGAAGGGGACAAAUUGAGAGUCCUUCCAUGCAAUCAUGAAUUCCACACCCCGUGCAUCGAUAAAUGGCUGAAAGAAGUAAAUAGGGUAUGUCCAGUCUGCAGACACAAUGUCUGUGAGGGCAGUGGAGAAUGCUCGGUCUCAAACCCACAAGUACAUUCACAGUAGAAAUGCAACUACAAAUAUACAAAAACAAGUAAGUUGCUAGGUUUAUACCUUCAGGGGCUAACUCGAUAAGUUGUAUGACUUAAAUUUGUAGAAUAUCAAAAUUUAGAUGCUGGCAUGCUGCUAUGUAUAUAUACAUCUAUAUUUGGUUCAAACUAUUGCUGGCUCUUA